AAAGUGAGAACGAAAAACAAAGCUGGUUUAUCUGGCUGUUUUGGAAAACUGUCAUCUGGAUAACGGGCUGUCUAACCCUGUAAUUACGAGAAAAACCCAAGUUUUAAGAAAUGAGUUGAAGAAGAGGAACUCUUCCUACAAGAGAUGGGAGUUUAUAUAUAAGACGCUUCCCUUUAAACCGAUUGUAUAGUGUGGUAGGACUAGGAUAGGAAACUGGACGGCACGGAGACUUCUCUUAAAACACAAGAGAAUCCCUAGCGUAAAGCCUCAAGCCUCCGGAGCAUGUCGGCGGAACGGACUUAACCACGGAACCCCACAUUCCCGGGUGCAGUUUUCCAGCCGGCGUCAGGGUCAGAGGCAGCCUUGCCUACUGCGCAGGCGCGAUGCCGCUUACCCAUCAGGGAAGCAAUGUGGCUACUAUGCGUGUUAGCGGCGGUCCUGGCAUGGGGCUUCAUCUGGGUUUGGGACUCCUCAGAACGAAUGAAGAGUUGGGAGCAGGGCAGACUGCUGGGAGCCGAAAGCCGGACUCUCCUGGUCAUAGCGCACCCUGACGAUGAAGCCAUGUUUUUUGCUCCCACAGUGCUAGGUUUGGCCCGCCUAAGGCACCGGGUGUACCUGCUCUGCUUCUCUGCAGGAAAUUACUACAAUCAAGGAGAGACUCGUAAGAAAGAACUUUUGCAGAGCUGUGAUGUUUUGGGGAUUCCACCCUCCAGUGUAAUGAUUAUUGACAACAGGGAUUUUCCAGAUGACCCAGGCGUGCAAUGGGACACAGAACAUGUGGCCAGCGUCCUUCUCCAACAUAUAGAAGUAAAUGGCAUCAAUCUGGUGGUGACUUUCGACGCAGGGGGUGUAAGUGGCCACAGCAAUCACAUUGCUCUGUAUGCAGCCGUGAGGGCCCUGUACUCAGAAGGAAAGUUACCUAAAGGGUGUUCUGUGCUCACGCUUCAGUCUGUGAAUGUGCUGCGCAAGUACAUCUCCUUUCUGGAUCUGCCCUUGUCCCUGCUUCAUACGCAGGAUGUCCUCUUUGUGCUCAACAGCAAAGAAGUGGCACAGGCCAAGAGAGCCAUGUCCUGCCACCGCAGCCAGCUCCUCUGGUUCCGCCGCCUCUACAUUUUCUUCUCCCGGUACAUGAGAAUCAACUCAUUGAGCUUCCUCUGAAGCCUUGAAGGGUUUUCAGAUCCAAGGAACAAAGGGUAAAAUAGACAAAGGAGUGCAGGGGACCUGGCAUGGUGCUGGCUUAUUUGCCUGAGCUAAAGGAGAUCCCUGCUAAAGCAGCCUCUGCAAAAGGGAGCCCAUGUAGGCCAGGGACUGUCCAAACUCCAGCUUCUUCCCCUGGGAAAAAACCCAAAGAACCA